AUGUCAUCUUCACAGGGGAUCUCAUAUGUGCUAGACCCCGAGCAGUCCAAUAUCACUUCAAUGAUACAGGUACUAAGUGGUAUCAGUCAGAUUGAACGCUUUGGAGAACCAGAUACAUUUCUCAUGGAAGAACUUGCCAAACUCCAGGACUCAUAUGUGUCUUCACUCCAAGAAAUGCGUAGGACAUUCCAGUUUGCCCCUUGGUUUGACCUCCGCUCCGACGAUCCAGCCAGAUCUGUCCUCUUACGUCAGAACAUACUCCACACACAGACCAGCUUGGACGUCAGAGACAGGAAUGAAUUGGCAGAAAUCAACAAGUUCAUCCGUCAAAGGUAUUAUCUGACCGACACAGCUACCGGAUUGUUGAAUGUGACACUCAUAUGUCAUUCAGAUCAAUCCCAUACUGGACAGUCAAGUGUUACUCACCCCUUCACUCCUCCAUCUCUCAACGAUAUCAUGAACAGGAAAUGGCACUAUUCCAAUGACAGUGAACGGUCUCGUAGACAAAAUUAUUUCAUGGAGCCGGCGAAGUCAUUUCGGAUUGACCAACAGAUUCUCUCAGAUCUGUGGGUGAACCAAAAGCCAAUAUCUAUGGUGCAAUCAGCCCUGAUCCUUCCAGUUGUCAACAAUAUCAUGUCCUACCCUACUGCAACUUUUGUGGAGUCUGUCAGAAACUUGGUUACUCAGUGGUAUGAUGGUCAAAUUACUUUUCCUCAAGAUGUUUGGGUGUCAAUGUCCCAAGGAGUCGAAUCUCUUUGGACAGCCUUGAGUGAUGCGGACUUAUUUUUGCAGAAGGGAGAUUAUGUGUCCAUAGCACGGUUGAUGCUGCCUCCUGCAGAGGAGGUCUCAGAUCUCAGUAUUCACGCCCAAACAGCCUGUUUCCUGAAAGCUAGGGUGACUGAAUCUGCUUUUUUAAGAUGA